AUGGGCACUUCUAAGACAACAUUACAAUCAUCAGAGACUGGAACAAUCACAAGUCCAAUUGCCCCGAGCUCUCUUCAUCCCUGGAUAUUUACUGAGAUUAAAGAACAGAGGCACUCGGACAUAAGUUCAAGAGAGCGGUUGGACAUUUUGAAGGAUUACGUACAGUUUGGCCUUGAACACUUGGGAGUCGAAACAACAAGGCACUUCUUGCUGGAGUGGCUUAGUUACACAUGCAGAUAUAUUGCAGUUAGUCACUUAGAUAUUAUCCUACAAAGGAUUGAUCGGCGGACACCUUCAUAUUUUGGUCGUGACGACCUCGAGACACUAAUGGCUUCCGACUCUGCUGCCGAUUGGAUUAGGAUCUCCGAGAUAUUACUUGGCAAGGUUCCCGCAGGGUUCACAUUUUCACCUAAGCACAAGUCUAAUGCAUACGACAGAGCAGAAACCGGCUAA